CACUUCCUGGCAGUUGUGCAGCAUGUUCACUUCGGAAUUUUCCUACCCGCCCGAGCGCAGAUCCGCGGUAAGUACGAAAAGAUGGUGGACUCCUACACCGUCGGAUGCGCGAAGUUGGGUGAGCCGCGGAAGUGGGCGGAGUGCGGCACGCAGGGGAUUCGGUACUACACGGUGAAGUGCAUGGGCAACAUCGGGAUGUCCUCCGCCCCGGCCGACACGAUUGGCGUCUGGUUCGACGAUAACAAGUGGGAGGUGGUGCCCAACGACCUGUGCAGCGCGCACGAGCCGUCGAAGCCGAGUACACAGGAAUCUUGCACCAUGAACUGCUACUACGUGAGCCCCGAGCUCGGGUCGGACCUGAACAGCGGGCAGAGCCUCGGCGACGCCUUUCAAACCAUCCAAAAAUGCGUGGACCAGGCGGACGUGUACGGCACGUCCACGUCGAGCAGCCGGAACCUGCAGUUCACGAACUGCAAGCUGGCAGCCGGGUUCUACGACCAGGCGCUGCACGGGGCCGUGGUCGAGGACCGGCAAAACCUGGCCAUCCAGUCGGACUCCACCAUCGCCAUCCUGGACGGCACGCGAAACGUCACGCAGGAGCUGGUCUGGAGUCUGGUGAACACCACGUCCGCGGCGGGAAACAACAAGGCGUACUACGAGGCCGACGUGUCCGCGCUCGUCGACGGCACCAACGUGACCAACAACAUCGCCUCCUUUGUCUUCAUGGCCGAGUCCAUGCAGUGCGCGACCGGCGACUCCAGCGGCGGCCACGGCCUGGCGCACUCGAGCGUGCCCUGUGUAGUCUAUGACCCCAUGCACGUGGGGCACCAGGACACGCAGCGGAUCACCGGGCCGAAAGUGGACGCGAACGGGGUAAGUAGAAUAUAGGUCUUCGCGCAUUACCUACGAUGACAUUAGAGCAAUGUAAUAAAUAUGGGUAGCGUCUGGUGCUGAAUAAAAGUCGACAUAAUUUGCUUAAACUUCCACAACCAGGAGUAUAACGUACCAACGUACCACAUUGAAUGAAUCUAGCCAUGAGACGAGUCCUCAAAUAUAUCUUGAAAGAUGGAAGUGUCAUCAAAUCAACGACAAACACAGACCGUCCAAACCGUGAACCAUUACUCGCCGCUCGGGUACGGGCGAACUUUCGGGAAAAACCUGCCGACCAAGUACUUCUCGACGCUGGCCAGCAACGCCGAGGCCACGCUGGACACCUCGACUUCCACCUGGUGGUGGUACGACACCGCGAGCAAGAAGCUGUUCUACGCCGCGUCCGGGGCCCCGCACGCGCUGUCGGUGCAGCACAACUACGUGAACCGCGACGGCUGGCCGCCGCACGUCCGGGUCAAGGACCAGUCGAAGGCGUGGCCGAUCAACUUGAAGCAGCGCAACACCUACAUCUGGAUCGAGGGGCUGCACUUUUUCGGGACCAACUGCUGCUCCAAAAGCCAGCCCCUGGUGGGGAACAAGUUCAACCUGAACAUUUACCUCCUGUACAACCACUUUCUGUACUCCCCCCCGCACAGCAGCUGGGCCACGGUGCAGAUCUUCACUACCAAGCAGAACGGGCGGGGCAGCGGGAAGCGGCUCUUCAUCGCGGACAACGCGAUCGUCGCCGGCGCCACCAAGCGGGCGGUCCGCUACAAGGCGAGCAACGCGUUCGUGAGCCGGAACUACGUGGCCUUCAACGGGUACGCGCACCGGAAGAACACGGACGGCUACGAGUACUGCUUCCAGGGUAUCCCACAGAAAAAAGCUGGCGGGGCAUAUUUGUAAUGCAAAAAUAAAUACACAGAAAAAUCUGCCAUGGGCGGCCUCAUAGCAUGCUAUUUAGGAUAUGCAAUACAAAUUUUUUUGUCUAUUUAUUUUUGCAUUACAAAUAUGACCUGCACCUGCCAGCUUUUUUCUGUGGGAUACAGGGGGACGGGUUCAAGGACACCCUCCAGCAGAACAUAUGAAAUGUAAAAAUGUCUGGGUCUGGAAGAAUCCAACUUGUUAUGCUGAUUUUGGAUUCUAAAAAAAUCUGUAUUGCAUGAGCAGCAAAGAGAGUCCAAGUUUUGCUACACGGAAAGAGCAUUUGUCAUACGGUAUAGGCAUCAGGAAGCCCUCACAAAAUCUGUGAUGCUAGGGCAUGCAUCACAGACAUCAGGAGUCAUGCAAAAUGUGCAUGACAAACCUGCCAAUCUUCCAGACCCAGACAUUUUUACAUUUGAUAGAACACGCUUUUGUACAACGGGCACGGCGGGGGCUUCAAGCACUGGGCGCGGGGGUACCAGUGCAAGAACAACCUGAUCGUGGGGACGGGGUACAUGGGCAGCUGGAAGGACACGGCCAGCUUCCACAUCCAGAUCGACGGCCAGUACUGGACCCUGAUUUCCGGGAACUUCAUCUUCGGCCCGACCAAGAUCAAGUCCAUCCGGCUGGACACCAGCAGCACCGCCACGAACCCGGGGCGGUUCACCACCGUGGUGCGCAACGUUCUGUUCGGAAACGACCCGUUCACCGUCAAGGGGGACAAUCACAUAUGCAUUGCAAAAGUAUCGUACUAGUAGAAAUAGCAUUGCAAAUUUGUCCAGAAGGAGAAAUGGGAUUUGUAUUGCUGAAUGAGCUAAGGAACCAGAUUUGUCAUGCAUGACUGCAACUACUACGAGUGCGAUACUUUUGCACUGCAUACCACACGAUCGUGAACAACAUGGGAUCCGACGAGUUCAACCUGGUCAAGUCCUGGGGCGCCAUCCGCAACCACAACGGGUUCACGGCCACCAAGUACAAUGCGUUCGACAAGAUCGCGAGUCGCGGGUCCGCGUUGAAACUUCCCGGGAGCGAAAACCGGCUCGAGUACAACCUGUGCGACAGCAAGACGCGGUGCAACCGCGACGCGGUCGCGUCGUCCAACGUGCAGUACGGCAGUACGGUGGGCUUCUGCAACGAGGUGUCGGCCAGCACGUGCGCGGAGCUGCCGGCGAACAUCCGGUCGCGGUCCGCGAAGUCCGCCGUGUUUGGUUCCGGCAAGCCGGUGCCCACCGGCAUGCCCUGGUUUCCGGCCGCGACGCUGGACAUGAAAUACAAGGGGAACUCGAAGAUGCACCAGGCAACCGCCGCGAUCGCGAACAACACGAGCGCGUCGAAGUUCGUCGGCGCCUUCAACCCGACGAGCUUGGACGACACGAACCGGCGAGUGGCGAUGCCUGGGGUGCACGCGCGUGAAUUGUCCCGGAGGUUCUGCAGCUUCAUGCAGCCCGGCCUGUUUUCCGUGGGGAAGAUGAACUACACGCACAGCUCGCGGUACUCGGUCUUCCGCGCCGACCGCCUGUGGUGCCACUUCGCGCAGUUCGACACGGAUCCCGCGGGGUCGUUCGACAUGAAGCUGGAGCUGCUCAUCCAGUCGGACGUGGCGAGUCUGUCCUCGACGGUCAAGUCUGCACUGGUAAGUGCGCUGUCGCGGACAGUGUCCCGCGCGCUCGGUCUCAGCAGCAGCGCCGUGACCAUCGAUGCGAGCAAGCUGAACUACACCGACGCGGCCGGGACGGCCGCCGUGUCGACCGCCCGAAUGCUGCUUGCGGACCCGGAUCUGGAGGAAGCGCUGCAGGUGUUCGAAAUGGAACAGCGUAACAACAAAGCGGCGUCUUCGUCUUGGGUUUCCUCCUCCGCGGCUUCCGAGCAGGGCCUGUUGCUCCGUCUGUUGCAGGCCGGUUCCAACGGUACGCAGAAGCUGAUCCAGGCGGACGCGACGGUAACUCCUCCGACGGGGAGUAGCAUGGGCAGUAGUGCCAGUGACUCCGCCCCGCCGCAGUCCCCCGACGAACUGAUGGAGCAGGUCGCGGACCCGGGGUUCGGGAAUCUUUUGGUCGACUACUUCGGGCAGGAAUCGCAGGCGGACAGCACGCUGUCCUCCGCAAGCCUGGUGCUCGCCGUGAACGGGUUGGCUUCCAAGCCGGCGUUGUCCAACGUCGCGGGCGGUGCGGCGGCGGAGGGCGGCGCGAACUGGCAAAACCCCUCCGUGCAGGGCUCCGGCUGGGACAGCGUUCCGAGCGCCGUGGCCAACGCCGGAACGCAGGGAUCGCCGCAAAGCAGUGGAGCGGCCACGGGGGGCACUGCGGCCGAAGAGAAGAAGGACGACGAGGGAGAUUCCUUGACGUGGCUGUGGAUUCUGAUCGGAGUGUUGUUCGGCCUGUGCUUCUGUGCGGGCGUGGCCUUCGCGGCCAUGUGCUACUUCUGCAAGGAAUCGAUGGCCAAGUUCUACGGAGGCGACAACAAAAAGGUCAGCCCCGCAGCUGGGAAGGACGCGGAAAAGGGCACAGAAAUGACGAGCCCCUGAAGUGCUGGGCGACUUUAUUUGGCUGCUGGAUCAUUUUCCUGAACAUAAGCACCAGUAGCGUGUUGAACGUCAUGCGGACAAGUAACGCGUUCUGGUGUCAGAAAGCGGUGGCCAAAGAAAAAUGCUUUAUUUGAAACUCUUGUAAAGCGACUGUGAACUAUUUUUCAGAUUUUUUUCACUUCCGAUUUUUGAUGAAUGAUCUACGUCAAAAACAAAGUCAAAGGUAGUUGAUAAAGGCAGUUUGUGCAAUCACUAUCUUCAGCAGUUCUUUUAUUCAGCAGAAAGCCAUCCGUUUUUCUGUCGGGGAACUUGCCUGGAAUCGGUAGGCUGAGUAGCCGUAAAGGCCCCCUUGACAGUCAGACGAUGGUCCAACUGCUAAACAUCAAUCGUCAACGGUCUGACUGCUCUUAGAGCCUGUUAGUUUGUCGCAUGUUUCAGAAGAUCUUCAUUUCUACCGGGAUACCCACGCGCAUAACUUUCUGUACCUCGAGGUGAAAUAUAAAUACCAAAAGCAAAAAGAUAUCGUACUUCAUCAUAUCAUUUUUCUUUACGCGGCGGCAAGAUACCAAAAGUCGUAAUUUCUUACCGGGAUUUUUGAUGAGACUGGGAAUUUAUCAAGACGCUACGUACAGGCAUGUGGCAUUUUGGGAAUUUCAAAGACAAGAGCUCUGCUCUUCCUGAACCUCUAACGUAACCCGUGCGCUUUUUUUCUUCCGUAGUUGAUACCCACAAGAACCUUGUAUUUGUAAUCUGAUUCCGAUUUUUGUACCUUUGGUUCUACCCCGUACUACUCACCCCCUCGGCACUGAUCUGUUCCAAAUUUGUGUCACCGAGACGUGGUGCGAUGGAAUGAGACACAGGACUACACGCUUUUUAUUCCCAGUGCCCUUUCGGGAAUUUAAAUUUUCUAU